UUGAUCUUCCCAGGAAUUUUGCAUUCACAAUGGUUACAGGAGCCGCCUUGAUGCUCCUCCUGACGUUCGCAAGCAAGGUGCCACGUUCUCCUGCCAACCCGCUCGAAUGCCAAGAGAACGAAUACCUGGACCGUGCGACAGGGAAAUGCAGCCCUUGCAAGCAGUGCGGGCCCGGGAUGGAGCUCUCGCAGGAGUGCGGCUUUGGCGAAGGCAUCAAUGCGCAGUGCGUCCCUUGCCAGCCGCGGCGGUUCAAGGAGGGCUGGGCCCACCAGCGAUGCAAACCAUGCGCUUCUUGCAGCCUCAUCAACCGCUUGCAGAGGGCCAAUUGCACCGCCACCUCCAAUGCAGCAUGCGCAGAAUGCUUCCCGGGUUUCUACAGCAAGAUCCAGAUUGGAGGCACCCGUGGCGUGGAGUGCGUCCCUUGCACCAAGCAGACGCCUCCCUCCGAAGUGCAGUGCCACGCCAUGGUCAGCCAAGUGCAAGAGAAUGGUCACUCGCCCUCUGCCCAGGACUCAGCCCUCCUGGCCUUGACCGGCAUCGCCCUGGCCAUCACCCUGCUGGUCAUCCUGGCCGCCUCCCUCCUGUGUGGCCGGCGCUUCUGGAAGAGGCAGUGCCAGCGCGUCCUUUUCUGCAGCCGGAGCCUCCCGGUGCCGAGAGUGACGUUCCAAGCGAAUGCUCCACCGACCGACCCGGCAUCAGAGGCUUCUAGCUUUUGCAACAGAAACACCAAGCCUUUGGAAGGUCCCUUGGAGGCUGGACCAUGUAUCCCAGAAGUGGAAAUGAUGCCCGGCGUGGGGGAUCCGGGGGGCUUUGGGCUUCCAGUCUGUGCGGCCGAGAGGCGGUCCUGCUGGCCACACGUCCCUGUCGAAUGCACCGAGACUGACCUGCAGAGGUUCUCCGUCCUGGACGAGAUGGAGGCAUCGCCCGCUCUAUCCUUCCGGGAUCCCGUCCCUGAAAGCGGGGAGCUGGCGAUCUCCACAUCGCCGCUUUGCAAACACAUCAGACGGUAG